AUGAAUUACACUAAUGAUAACAAUUUAUUGGACACAAGUUAUGCUGAGGUAAUAAACGAAUUCCCAUUUACUAUUAGUCAGGUAGGAUGUAUAUGUGAAGUAUUAAUUCAAUCAAAUCAAAUCAUAACUCUACGUCAUCUAUUAAAUAGAAUACCAAAAAUAUGGUUAUUACCUGAAGAACAUUUCACAUUUCAUUAUUAUCAACAAUUGAAUAAACAAUCUAAUAUUUUAACAAUUGAUAAACUAUUUGAAUCUCGUGAAAUCAUUAUUAAAGCAUUAGCUAUUGUAUCAUAUGAAGAACAAAAUUAUAAAUUAGUUUAUCAAUUAUUACAAUGUAAUCAUUUUAAUGAAAGGCAUCAAACAAUACUACAACAAUUAUGGUAUAAAACACAUUAUGCAGAAGUACAAAAAUCACGUGAUCGACCAUUAACUGCUGUUGAUAAAUAUCGUAUACGUAAAAAAUAUCCUUUACCUAAAACAAUAUGGGAUGGUGUACAAACAGUAUAUUGUUUCAAACAAAAUGUACGACAUAUAUUAAUUGAUUAUUACCAACAAAAUAAAUAUCCAAAUUCUGAAGAAAAAUAUGAAAUUUCUGUAAAGACUGGAUUAACUUUUACUCAGGUAAGUAACUGGUUUAAAAAUCAUAGACAACGUGAUAAAUCCUUAGAAUCAACUGAUUUAUACUUUCAACAUGAAAAUAAAACUCUUCUUAAUAAUAACUAUAAUUGUAAUUGGUCCUGGCAGUCAAUUAAAUCCAACACUAAUAUUAAUAAUUCAAUUAAACAACAUGAACAAAGUAUAAAAAAUGAAUUAUCAAUUGAAACAUAUCGAAAAUGUUACAAUUAUCAAUCAUCUUUUCAACCAUUUACUAAUCAACAAAAGUUAUCUGAUAACAAUGGUAUAGAUAAGAAUUUAAGUUCCUCUUUAGAAAACCUGAAAGAUUCAGAACAUCAUAGAACAACAAUUUCAUAUCCAAUAUUUUCACAUCAAUAUGUAUCAUCUAAAAAUUCAAAUGAAAUAUGGUUUACACAAUGGGCAACUGAUCAUUUCAAUGUUGAACAAGAUAAACAUAACCAUGAAAUGAAGUAUUAUACUACCAGUUUUAAUCAUAAUCAGAAUAAUUCAUAUUAUGAAGGGAAUAACGAUUAGAAGUAAUUAAACGAAAUAAAUGAUGAAUUGCAUACAGUCAAUCAAAUUAUUUCAGAGCAAAACAAAAUCAUCCUUAAAUUAGUCUAAUGUACAUUAAAAUUAUCUGACUAAUAAUUUCGAAUAAAAAUAUAAAUAAAUAAAUAAAUAAAUAAAUAAAUAAAUAAAUAAAUAAAUAAAUAAAUAACUGUUUUUGAUGAAUAAAUUUUUAUAGUUGAGUUCAUGAGUCAAUUGAAUGUAGACCACCACGGAAAACAUGGAAGCACUAAACGACCGGUCCGUUCUAGUAUGGGACGCCUCGGCAAUGCGCAUCCACGAUCUCGCCCUAUCAUACUUAUCGGUCUCGCACGCGAACGCUUAACCUCUAGACCAUUGAGCCAGUAUCCAACGGUGUUAAUGUCUAACUUCAACUAAUCCACAAAAUGGAGCCACGGUCUACCACUGUCUUCAGUGUGUUACUAUCUUACAACAGACCUGGUUGAACCCCACUGAUCACUGCUUCCUCGAUUCGAAUCCCGCGGGGCGGGAUCGUGUGUGCGCACUGAUGAGGAGUCCCACAAUGGGAUGAAAUGGCCAUCCAGUGCUUCCAAGUUUUUCAUGGUGGUCUAGCUUCAAUUGACUCAUAAACUCAACUAUUAAUUUACUAUAAUAUCCACAAAACCCCUUUCUGAAAAUAAAUUUC